AUGCUGUCUACAUUAUUCCGAUCUACAUUAUUCCGACGCGCGGGUCCCCGUGUGGUUUCUCUUCGAGCUUAUGCGACGAGAAGCCUGACACCGCAGCAGAUCCAGAUCGUCAAAUCGACGAUCCCCGCACUGGAGCAGCAUGGAGUGGAUAUCACGACCCUGUUUUACAAGAAAAUGCUCGCGGCCCACCCUGAGCUGAAGAAUAUCUUCAACACCGCCCAUCAAGCCACGGGAGAGCAACCAGCAGCACUCGCCCAUGCGGUCUGGGCAUAUGCCAGCAACAUUGAGCACCCCGAAGCCCUGGCAAGGGCUGUUUCCCGCAUUGGCCACAAACAUGCCAGCCUCGGCGUGACGCCAGACCAGUAUCCGAUCGUGGGAGAGCACCUUCUCGCUGCCAUCAAGGAGGUCCUUGGUGAUGCAGCAACGCCCUCCAUUGUCGACGCAUGGACCGCCGCUUAUCAACAACUGGCCGACAUUUUCACCUCAUUUGAACGCAAUCUCUACAAACAGGCUGUCCAGACGCCUGGGGGGUGGAACGGAUGGCGCAAAUUCUUCAUCGCCGACAAAGUCCACGAGAGCGACGAGAUCAUCUCGUUCCAUCUCAUGCCUGAAGAUCGAGAGGGCCUCCCGAGCUACCGACCCGGUCAGUUCGUCAGUGUGCGAUGCUACGUCCCCGAGCUCGGCGUCUACCAGCCGCGGCAGUAUAGUCUGUCCGAUGUCCCCAAUCAACAAUAUUUCCAGAUCUCGGUCAAGAAGGAGUUUGCAUCUGGUGCUCGACCAGCUGGUCGCAUCUCCAACGUGCUUCAUGAGUCGCUUCCAGAGGGCUCAGUAGUGGAGGUCAGUAUGCCAUUCGGAGACUUUGUGCUCGAUGUCAACGCCACGACACCCGUGGUCCUGAUGAGCGGCGGUGUCGGCCUAACACCGAUGAUGGCCAUGCUGAAGACGGUGACCAGCCUGUCAAAGUCCCGACCGGUGGUCUUUGUCCAUGCAGUCCGCAAUGGCCGGGUCCACGCGAUGAAGCAGAAUCUCGCCAAGAUCAUAAAAGAGAAUCCACAGGUCAGGAAAGCCAUCUUUUAUGAAGAGGUAACGGAGAAUGACAAGAAGGGAAUCGACUAUGACCAUGUUGGGCGGGUGGAUGUUACCAGAAUCAAGGAUCUGGUGUUGUUGCCGGACGCUGACUACUAUAUCUGUGGACCUGGGCCGUUUAUGAAGGCGCAGAGUGAAGGUCUCCAGAAGCUGGGUGUUCCUUCGGAUCGUAUUCAUAUGGAGGUAUUUGGUUCGCCAACAGCUUAA